GUCAUGCGCAUGCGUGUCGGUUUGCGGCCUGUUAUUAUUUAUGCUGUCCCCGUGAUGGCGGCCCGCGGGGGGAGCCGGAGUUAGGUUAGUGAUAGUAUGGCCGAGCCGCGUAGGGUGCCCUUUGUCAGUCUGUGCCCCAUCAAGCCGGGGGCAGUAGAGGGGGCAGGUCUAGCACCGCCGCCCGAGACACCCAGUGGGGAUACCGGGGACCGGAACCCGACAGUGCGCCUGCACAUCUCCCUGCCAGACCCCACCGACCAGACAUGCCCCGAGUUCAAUUACCUAGAGCUGCUGAACGGUGAUGGCAGGGGACAGCGGCGGCCGCAGGGAAAGGAAGUGAGACCGAGGGACAAGGAGGUGACACCGAGGGACAAGGAGGCAAAACCUCCCCAUUCAGAUGAUCCCUUCAACGAUGAGGAACGCGAGAGGCUGCAAGUGGAAAAUCUGGCCAAGAAAUUUGAAGCUAAAUAUGGCCAAAAAACUCACCGUCACCGGAAGGAUCGCAUGCAAGACCUGAUUGACAUUGGUUAUGGUUAUGAUGAGACUGACCCGUUUAUUGAUAAUUCUGAGGCGUAUGAUGAAUUAGUCCCAGCUUCAUUAACAACAAAAUAUGGAGGAUUCUAUAUCAACACAGGACCUCUGCAGUUCCGACAGGCGUCUGAUUCUGAAAAUGAAGAUUUUGUGGAAAGUAAAAAGCACAAAGCAGCUAAAGUGUCAAAGUUAAAGGAAGGAGAUGAUCGGGCUUUAAAGAAACGCAAACUUAAAGAUGACAUUGUAGAAAAGGAGAAACAGCCAAGGAAGCUGAAGGCGCCUAAACCGAUGGGGGUUGUAGCUUUCAAUUCUCACAAGCCGGACAAGAAAAAGAAGAAGUUGUACAAGGACUCCCUGUCGCUGGCCGCCAUGCUUAGGAAGUUUCAGAAGGAAAAAGAUGCUAUACGGAAAAAGGAAGACAAGCAAAACCCACUGGCGACGCCUGUCGUCAGUGCUCCUCCCAAACCGGCCUCUGUGCCGGCAACUAAUGACUUAUCUGAGCUGACGCUGGGCACCGACCCCGUGAUCGCUAUAUUUGGCAGCGAGCGGGAGUUCUUGGAGCAGACAGAGAAUGCGCUAGAACUUCUGGGUGACUUUGACUUUGACAAGCUCCUUGAUUCUGCAUCCAACGACAGCCCAGCGAAUUCCGAGCUUGGUGAGAAUGGCAGUGUUGCGCAGUCACCAAACGUCUCCCAGGUGCAAAUACCCAAGCAAGUGCCCCCUCUCCCUGACGGCCUUCCUGCACAGCUGGAGAAGCGUAUUGCUGAUCUGAGAAUGGCUGCAAAAGCGUUUGAUGUAGAAGGCCGAAAAAAAUUCUUCACUCAAGAAAUGAAUAACAUUCUGCUGGACAUUCAGUUGCAGCUGCAGGAAUUGAGCCCUGGAAACAGAAAUGGAGUAUACGGGUAUAUUGAGGCUUUUGUUCCAUGUAACAAGGACACGCUCGUAAAGCGCUUGAAAAAACUUCAGCUGCACAUCCAGGAUGACCGUCUCAGAGAACCGCUGCAGCGACUGAAGCUGGCUGUUAGCAGUGUGAUGCCUGACCAGCUGAAUCGAUACCAAGAGGACUGUCAAGCACACAGCCAGGCCAGGAAUGCAAAGCACCAGGUUGAUGAAGAUAAAGAGCGAAAUGCUUCUGAAGAAGAUGAUGAGGAAAAACCAGGCAAGAGAGUAAUGGGACCAAGAAAGAAAUUCUACUGGAAUGACACUGUCAGGAAUCUCCUUUGUAACCUUGUGAAGAUCAAGCUGGGGUGUUAUGAACUUGAACCCAAUAAAAGCCAGACUGUAGAGGAUUAUCUCAAGACCUUCAUGGAGACGGAAGUGAAGCCUUUGUGGCCCAAGGGUUGGAUGCAGUCCCGGCUUUUGUUUAAGGAGAGCCGCAGCAUCCAUAACCAUCUGACAUCUGCAACAGCCAAGAAGAAGGUGAUUAUGGCUCCUAAACCAAAAGUAAAAGAAUCUAGUCCAAAAAAGGAGCAGAAGACAUCCACCCCACUUCCCAAUGUGAUCCGUGCUCCCAAUUUGAAUACAGUUACACCGAUUGGUGCUCCCACCAGCACCAGCUGCACGCGCACCUCCGAGACCAUAUGUCUGGAUGACUCAUUGGAUGAAGACGUUUCUUUAAAACCACCUUCAUUAGAUUCAAUAUCAGAAGCAUUGGCUGUACUAAACAAUGGAACAAAUGCCCCAUCAUCCACCAUUGAAACACCCACUUCCCGGCCAAGAGUUGCGCUGAGAGAGGAGAAACUUGCCUCCAUUAUGAGCAAACUGCCUUUGGGAGGUCCGAAAAAGGCUGAGCCCUCUUCGCACUCCUCUAGUCUUAUAGCUGGUCAUUCAGCGCCUGUACCAAAGAAGCCACAGGAUUUAGCAGCUGCCCAUUCUACUGUGGUCUCUGGGCUUAUUGCAGGGUCUUCCAUCCAGAACCCGAAAGUAUCCUUGGAGCCGCUGCCUGCCAAACUUCUUCAGCAGGGUUUGCAUAGAUCUUUGCAAGCUGAAGUAUCAUCUUCAUCCACACCUGCUAAGGUCAAGGCUUCAUCUGCUUCUCAGGCCAAAGCAACUUCUUCGUCCUCAUCCUCCUCUUCUCCUUCAACACCAUUAAUAUCUUCUUCACAGGCCCAUGUCUCAUCCACUUCGUCGCAAAAUCAAGCCCCUACUUUUCAAGUAAUAAAGGUCCAACAGCAGCCUCCACUUCAACAAAACUAUGUUACUCCUUUACAAGUCACCAUCAGUAAGUCCCACACAAACCCUGUAGUCCGCCUGACCAGCAGCCCUCUGAUCUCUUCAACUUCUCCUAUUCUGAAGACUCCUGAAAAAAGCCUUGGUUACCGACCUCCCUCUUCACCUUCUCCUAGCAGCAGCCCACAUGCACAGGUGUCUCGGACAGCUCCCUCUUCUACCUCUAGCAAUCCUUUAGUAAAAACUGUGGGCGCACAAAGCUCAAGCCCAGAAUUUAAAUCCCCUUACACAAUGGCCCCAUCUCCUAAGCCAGUGACUUCUCCUAGUUCUUCCACUGCAGGUUCUCUAGUCACCCAGAGCACUAUCCAACACAAGCUGCCAAGCGGAAUGAAUAUUGGACGCCCUUCACCUGCAAUUAGCCCACUACCUUCAGCUCGAGGGGCAGGAGGGAUGCAGGUGGUUAAGAACACUUCUGCACCUCCAAAAUUGGCCAGCAGUACACCCAGAGUAACCACUCCUUUACCCAGACAACCUAGUCCAUCUAUGAAAAUGCCAAAUCCACCAUUGAAAAUGCAAAGCCAGUCUCCAAAACCACCAAACCAAUCUCCAAAACCACCAAACCAAUCUCCAAAACAACUGAUUCAGUCUCCAAAACCAUCCAACCCUUCUCCAAAGCCACUCAUCACUACACCCCCUGGAACUACUAUUAAAACCACAGUGGCUAAUGCUGUCCUGAAUGUACCUGUUAGCCGGGCUACCCCUAACUCAAACACUACGAGUAGGACUAACCUAGCGGGGGGUGCAGGGGGUGGAACUCUGGGUGCUACUAAACAGCCGAUGCCUCACAGACAACCAUCUGCCUCAGGGUCCCCAGUUGCAACAGCCACUGUGCAGUCCGCUGCAGCUUCUCUUCUAGCAAACGCUUCACCUCUGACCCUCAUGGCACCGCAGCUGUCUGUCACAAAUUCUAACGUGACCCCUGCCUCGCUGAGCCCCUUUGGAAUGCUUGGCGGACUUGUCCCUGUCACGAUGCCAUUCCAGUUUCCGUUGGAGCUACUUAGUUUUGGAAGUGACGCUGCCGGCGUAACAUCCCCUGGUUCUACCUCAGCAGCUUUUCAUCACAACCUCACUCAGAAUUUACUGAAAGGUUUACAGACGACCUCCCCGCACACUCCCACUGUCUCUCACGCCGGUUUGCCUGCUCACUUGCAGCAAGCGUUCACAGAUGGAGGGCAAAGUAAAGGAGAUCCCAAGCUGCAGCGUAAGAACCAGUGAUGCACAUUCAAUACAGACAUGGACAAAUGUUUGUUUUCUCAGAUCGGCCAGGACCUACCCUGUCGGAAAGUGCUUCUCGGGCGGCCAAGGGGCUGCCCUGUAUUCUCGAUGUUUACAUUUACUGAUCCCAAGCACUGUGGACAGGGGAACGAUUACUUGAUCGACAGACUGAACUUGUGCGUGACUGGCUAUAAGAUGGUGCUGCCAAACCGCCAAGCGUAUUUUUACAGCAAAAUGAUGGGAGAAUCCUCUCCACAACAUGAUUAGCUGGGUUGAAUGAUUAAAUUGAUUUUUAUAUUUAUUGUUUUGCUAAUAUAAUCCUAGAAAUAGCCUGAGGGGCUGAUCGCAUUCCGUUCCGUGUGUUGGAAAGAGUCAGAGCACAAUUUAGACUAAACAGAAACACAAUAUCAGGUUUCGUGCAAAGGUUCACUAGUGGGUCAAUAGGAUGUUCUUUGCACUAUGUCAAGAGCUUCAUUAGUGGAUUGAGUAGAUAUACUGGUCAUUGCUUACUUAGUUUAUCACGAGCCGAUGCAAGAAUGAUAAAUGAGCAGUUUCCUAAAACACGAGACUAUGUCAAACCCUGGUAUGGUACUGGUAUAAAUUACUAAAUGUUCUAUAGUAGAAGAAAAGACCAGCAAAAACAUAGCAUGGGCCUGGCACGGAUUGGCAUGAAUAGGUAUUAGGCGCAGCCAGAUGCAGCUUGAUUUCCCAGGGUACUUCAGCACUGCGUAUUUAGAAGAGUGAGAAAGCUAAACUGCUGUACGAAGCAUGUGCUUCAAGUACUCCCCGUGGACUUAGUUAGUGGAUAGACCUACUUCAUAAAUGGUACACACUCUCCAAAUUUCAAAGCUCAAUAUAAUAUAACGAUCACCACAAAAAUAUAAGAAAAUGCAACAUUUCAAUGCAAGUUCAAGAAGGUCUAUUAAAAAAAAAAAACUAAACAGUAUUUGUGUACGAGGAGCAGGGGUUGUGCCGAGUCUGAUUUAUAGAACCAAAUCCAAUUAUAAGAGAGCUGAUUGCAGGCUGUCACGUCUUACUCAAUGCCUAGCAGUUUUUCUUGACAAAAGACUUCUCUGUACAGCCGCUAGGACUAGUCAUGACCACAUUGCAAUAAACCUGCUUGUACUCCGGAAAGGACCUGUUUAAUUCCCAAGCUGGCAUACAGUGGAGCCCUAAACGUCCAAGCAGAUCUGGAAGGAAAUACCACUACACAAGCAGUUCAGUUGCCUUAGUCAUUAACAUUUUCUGAAGAUUGUGAAGGAGCUCACCCUGUAAACAUUGAUGUACUCUGUGAUUACACAUUACUUGUGCAUCCUUUCAUCAUUCUACGUUUUGUGCGCCUAAAAGCAAUAAUACGGCCCAACGGGCACGUUCCUGCUGUAGAAAUUGCUGGAUGACCUGCUUUACAAUAGGUAGCUGUAAUUUCUGGAUAUGAAGACAAGUUUUCUUGUACGUUUGGCUCCGUGUCUUAUAGCCAGUCAAGCUGAACUGUUGCCUACGCAGGAACUGUUUAAGCCCAGUUUCCACCGCGGCCAGGAAAGGAACGGACAAUGGCUUUUAUUGUGCUAGCCGGCCCUUAGUUGGCUAGUGGAGGAACAUGUCUCUAGUUUUGGACUUGAGAAUAAUUUUACUUUUUACCCAAAUUGCUGCUAUAAACCUGACCUUUUUGGCUGUAUUAGGAAAUAUUUUAGUUUUAGAUUUGUUUCCACUUCCUCACCUCUCAUCAGGUCAGUUGUAGCAUAAAUCAACCAGUUGGCGAUGUCCUAUUUUUUGCUUUCAACCAAGAUUAUCAGCUACAAUUAAUGUACUAAUGAUUUUAUAUAAAUUCCAUUUGUACCGAUAGAAAUUUGAAAAUAAUUUAAAUACUUCCUUCCGUUGCUCAACACAAGGGUUGACAAAUUUUUAAUGUAACCUAGGAGCCAACUGGCAUUCUGAGGAGCCUGAUGCACAGUUUUAGGAGCUGUGGAAGAAUUUUAUUCAUAGAUGCCUGUAGUAAUUAUCCCCAAGAAUUGUAGGAGCCAGAAGCAACUGUUUUAGAAGCCAUGGCCCUGGAAAUGUCAUGCCCUACCUCAGGUAGGAUGCUGCUUUAUGGAAGACCGGUUGUAACUGUCAGAUGGUGAGAGUAACAGAUUCCAGGUCUUGUCUUAUCCGAAUAUCUUUCCCUCUAUGAAAAAUCAUGUCUGUUUCUGUUCACAUUCUCUCCCUUCAUCACCACUAGUCUCGCAAAGCUUCACCCUUUAAGUGCCUUUUAUUUCCUGUGCUUUUGUUUUCAAAUUCUCAUUACAGUACAUAUGUUAUAUCUAAUAAAUCAGUUCCCGGAGGUGACGUUAAAAAGGUUAUUUAACUGUAAUCGCUUUAGAGCAAGAAUUCAGCAAAUCCCUACAGAGAUCAUUCCUUGAUCUUCUGGAGUUCCAAAUAUUGCUCCUUUUUAAAUGUAAAGAAAUGUUGUGUCUCGUCAAUUUUCUCUUGUGUGUGCAAAAUUGUCUGUCCCAAUAAAGAGGUGCCUUUUGUGGCAGUAGGGAGUCUGAGGCUAACCCAGUAUCCAGGUAACCCUAAAGUAGAAUCCCAUUGAUUGUGGAAACUUUUUUUUUUUUUCUUUUGGCGGGUGGGGAAUAUGUGCAGAAACUUAGUAUUUAAAGAUUAAAAACUUACUGAAAAUA